GGGGAAGGGUCCGGAGCUCGUCGAGGCGGUUUGCGAAGAGAAGGUAGAAAACUUUGGAGAAAAACUAGGGGAUGGCAGAGAUGAAAGACACGAGGCCGGCGUGGCCGAAGAAUUUGGUGAUGAAGAUAGUGGCAUGCCUCUAGGCCUCGAGACUCUCGAUCCACUGAAGACACAGCCGGAGAAUGCAGGCCUCGCUGCAUCCCUUCCGGAGAAUUCGGCAGCCCUUGCAGCUCAUCCUCCCCUCCUCUCUCGACGGCGAGAUCUCAUCAAUCGGCCUUCCGGUCUCCGAAGACACAACAAAACCCUAAGCCUAGAUUGUCAGAGAUUUCCCCCACAUAGAGCUUCUUCCCUGCGAUGACCAAGAUCGUGGGGACGCUCGGUCCCAAGUCCCGAACCGUGGAGGUAAUCUCUGCCUGCCUCAGGGUUGGGAUGUCCGUGGCUCGCUUUGAUUUUUCAUGGGGGGACGUCGAUUAUCACCAGGAGACUCUGGAGAAUCUGAAGAUGGCUAUCAAAAGCACCAAAAAGCUAUGUGCUGUCAUGCUAGAUACGGUGGGUCCAGAGCUGCAGGUUGUCAAUAAGAGUGAACAUGCAAUUUCACUCGAGGCAGAUGCAUUUGUUGUUUUGACCCCUGAUCAAGAGCAAGAAGCCUCGUCUAAGUUGUUGCCGAUUAAUUUCAGUGGACUGUCAAAGGCUGUGAAGCCAGGAGACACAAUAUUUAUCGGUCAAUACUUGUUUACGGGAAGUGAAACUACUUCUGUUUGGUUGGAGGUAGCUGAGUUGAAAGGCGAUGAUGUUGUUUGUGUGAUAAAGAAUACUGCUACCCUGGCUGGAUCUCUAUUCACUUUGCAUAUCUCACAAAUCCACAUUGAUUUGCCUACACUUUCUGAUGCUGACAAGGAAGUUAUUAGUACAUGGGGUGUUCGAAAUAAAAUUGACUUCCUCUCAUUAUCUUAUACAAGGCAUGCGGAAGAUGUUCGACAUGCACGAGAGUUCCUCUCAAAGUUGGGUGAUCUUAAUCAAACCCAGAUAUUUGCGAAAAUUGAAAACAUAGAGGGCCUAACCCAUUUUGACGAGAUUCUACUAGAAGCAGAUGGCAUUAUUCUUUCACGGGGCAAUCUAGGAAUAGAUCUCCCGCCUGAGAAGGUCUUUUUAUUUCAAAAGGCUGCUGUCUACAAGUGCAACAUGGCUGGUAAGCCUGCUGUGAUUACUCGUGUGGUGGAUAGUAUGACUGACAACCUGAGACCAACUCGUGCAGAAGCAACUGAUGUGGCUAAUGCAGUACUUGAUGGAAGUGAUGCAAUUCUUUUAGGUGCUGAAACUCUUCGAGGAUUAUAUCCUGUUGAGACUAUUUCAAUAGUGGGUAAAAUUUGUGCAGAGGCUGAGAAGGUUUUCAACCAGGAUUUGUACUUUAAAAAGACUGUGAAAUAUGUUGGUGAACCGAUGACCCAUUUGGAGUCUAUUGCUUCAUCGGCUGUACGUGCUGCUAUCAAAGUUAAGGCUUCUGUUAUUAUUUGCUUCACGUCAUCAGGAAGAGCUGCAAGAUUAAUUGCAAAGUAUAGGCCUAAUAUGCCCGUAUUGUCGGUCGUUAUUCCUCGGCUCAAAACAAACCAACUUCGAUGGAGUUUCACUGGGGCUUUUGAAGCGAGGCAGUCACUUAUAGUCAGGGGCCUUUUCCCCAUGCUUGCUGAUCCUCGACAUCCUGCUGAGUCUACAAGUGCCACCAAUGAGUCUGUUCUGAAGGUUGCUCUUGAUCACGGCAAGGCCUCUGGUGUGAUAAAGUCACAUGAUCGGGUUGUCGUCUGCCAGAAAGUUGGGGAUGCUUCGGUGGUGAAGAUUAUCGAGUUAGAGGAUUGAACAGCUGCUUUUUAGUUACUCUGCAUGAUGGUCAAAUUCCAACUAGAGCUUGCCAAAAUACCUAUAAUUUAUUUUGAGUGUACACUGAGCCAAUUCCCGUUCCAGUUGAAGGCAUUUAUACGGCCAACAAUGUUUGGAGUUGGUUACAAACUUCGAAUUGCAUGUUGAUUCUUCCUGUCAUGUGUAGGGCAAUGCUGUUAUAGCUUGCAAAUAUUUGCAUUUUGCGAUCUUGAAUAAUAUUAUCUAAGAUGCUCGUUUUUGAAGUA